AUGAACCACUGUGUGGCGUGCCAGGCACCACGGCCUUCUGCACGGGAUCCACGCCCGGAGCUGGGCCCAGUUGUUGGCAGCGGAUAUCUGGGACAGGUGCGAACUUUAACAAACUCCCCGGGGCACAUCACUGAAGAAGUCCGACUGGACGUCUUGCAGGAAUCGGAAAAAACGUCCAUCCGUCGGAUCCUCCACUUAGCUACCACACUUAGUCAUCCUAACAUUAUUCCCAUAGAGUCUAUUUUUGAGACAAGCAGCGUUAUUUAUGCUUCAAUGGAGAGACCACCAUGCACCCUUGAAACGCUUAUCAAGGAAGCCAAGGACUCCAAGCGUAAGAUCCCAUCUGACACUGUCUUGCUGGCCAUCCUCCAAAUCGCUGAGGCUAUUACCUAUCUCCACGGUUUUGCGACUGCUAGCGGAGAUACCAUAAAGACCUCUAAGGUCACGUAUAAAGCCCUCCAGCCGAGCAAUGUAUUUGUUGGAUGCAAUGGCUGCCGCUUUUUGAUUUCCGCGAUUGGUAUCUGUAUCGAGCAUGAGCAGACUGACACGUGUUUCUAUUCUGCCCCAGAAAUUUUGAUACACAAUAGAUGCUCUGCUGCAUCAGUUAUGUGGAGCCUUGGGGUAAUAACUUAUGAGCUAGCAACGGGAAUUAGACCCAACUUUCGAAGAACGACAGAUCCUAGGCUAGUCUUUGUGCAGGACUGGAAGCCAGAUUUAAUCCUGGUGAGAGACAAAGAGAUCAAGAAGAUUAUUGAGCGCCUCCUGGUGGUGACAGAAGAACACCGAAUUACUGCCCCCGAACUGGUUAACCUAUUGCGAUCUAAUAAGCACGUGGCUAAGCUCCUAACUAGUUCCACCACUUCGCCUGACAAGGCCAGUAGUAACCAGUGUGUGCAGAAUGGCCUACUGAACGAGCUUUUGACUGCUGUGCGUAGUGAAGAUAUCGACGCUGUUAACCGUCUACUAUCCAAUUCACAAAAGCUUAGCGGGGAUCAAGUGGAUCUGCGAGUGAUUAUGUCUUGCACGGAGGUUCAGGCUGCUCACGAUAUAGGGGUACUACUUUUGAAUGCUCUAGACCCUACUGACGAAAUAGGACGCACAGCUCUGAUGCGCGCAGCAGACAAGGGAGACGCAGAGAUGGUGCGACUGCUGAUACCAUUCCAGUCCAGGAAACAAACAUCCUUGGGUGAAACUCUUGCCGGAUACGCUGUUCAAAAUCGAACAGCCCUCAUGGGAGCCGCAGUCAAUGGCCAUCUAGAAGCUGUACGAGCUCUUCUGGACUAUGAGGGCGGGAUGAAAGAAAAAGAUGGCUUGACAGCCCUGAUGUUAGCAACGUGCAAUGGACACACUGAAGCUGCCCGGAUCCUUGUCGAGAAAGAGCAUGGUAUUCAGACCGAGGAAGGCUGGUCGGCCCUGAUGUAUGCAGCUGAAAGCAACCAAGUGGAUAUAGCACAAUUGCUUCUUAACACUGAAAAAGCCUUGCAGAACUCCAAUGGGUGGACGGCUCUUAUGCGAGCUGCAGAAAAGGGAUACAAAAAGCUUAUCAGGCUUCUCUUACAGCUCGAGGCGAAAAUCCAUGAUAAGCAUGGCCUCACCGCGCUCAUGUAUUCUGCAUGGAGCGGUCAUUCAGAAAUCGUGGCCUUGCUCUUACCGUAUGAGGGGGGAAUGAGCUCUGCCGAUGGCUGGACUGCUCUUAUGUAUGCAGCCUAUAAUGGUCAUUCGGACGUAGUGCAGAUCCUUAUGGACACCGAGAAGCGGGCCGUCAACAAAGACGGACGCAGCGCCCUUAUGCGGGCAGCUGAAAACGGACAUACGGAAGCGGUCCGGCUUUUAGUUGGGCAGGAGAAGGGAAUCCAGGACAAUAAUGGGCUUUCCUCCAUGAUGUAUGCUGUUUGGAAUAAUUACACAGACAUAGUAGAAGUUCUCCACGAUCACGAGUCCGGGCUUAAAAGCAAAGAGGGAUGGACAGCGUUAUUGUAUGCAAUCGAUAAGAAGAAUACAGACGCAGUACAAAUACUUGCAAAAUCUGAGGGCCUAAUUCCAGACAAUGGUAAUCACACCGCUUUAGAGUAUGCUCUUCAAUCGGGAUAUUCUGACGCAAUUAGAAUCCUGCUGCCGAUUGAACGCCCAACAGAUGAGUUGGGCCGAACAGCACUGAUGCGCGCUGCAGAUAGAGGAGACACAGACAUGGUUUCCCUCCUUAUACCUUAUCAAGGGAAACUGCAGACUGUCGGGGAGGAGGCGCUGGGCGGUCAAACACUAUGUUAUCGAACUGCGCUUAUGGGAGCCGUCGCCAACGGACAUACAGCUUCUGUUAAAAUACUUGCAGAGCGUGAGCAUGGGGUUCAGGACAUUGAUGGAUGGACUGCGCUCAUGGUUGCUGCGUGCAUCAAUAAUGCCGAGGCAGCGGCGAUUUUGGUAGGUAAAGAAAGGUGCAUACGGACGUCUUCUGGUCGAACUGCGCUGAUGCUCGCUGCUCAGAAUGGGAGCUAUGAGGUCGCCACAAUCCUCCUCGAUUCAGAGAGAGCGCUAACAGAUAGCAGUGCUCGGACGGCCACCAUGACUGCUGCGUGGACCAACUAUCCAGAGAUCGUGAAUAUUCUUCUGAAGUACGAGGAAGCAAUGCAGGACGAGGAUGGCUGGACAGCCCUGAUGUGUGCUGCCGUUCAGGGGCACGUUGAGCCGUUAAAGUUGCUUCUUCCGCAUGAAAAAGGAAUGCAGAAGAAAGAUGGAUGGACAGCUCUUAUGCUAGCCGCGAAUAAUUCUCAUGCUGAAGCUACAAGGCUCCUCAUGACCUGCCCAGAGGAGCUGCAAGCCAGCGAGAGCUGGACCGAGUUGAUGAUCGGGGCAGCCAUAGGAGACUUAGGACUUGUGAAUCAACACCUCGAUCAGGUAGGAAGAACAGACAAAAGAGGCCGUACUGCGUUGAUGAUUGCUGCCGAAAACGACUGGCCCGAGGUUUUGGUGCCUUUGAUAGAUGACGAAGCAAAACACGUGGACAUAGACGGAUGCACUGCUCUCAUGCUUGCAGGAAGAAAUGGCAGCCUGGAAUCUGCACGUAUACUUGCAAACAUAGAACACGGGAUCCAAAGUAGCAAUGGCCAGACAGCCCUUAUGGAGGCCGCUAAGGGCGGAUACCCAGACGUUGUACAGGUUCUUGUAGAGUACGAAAAGUGCCUUCAGGAUGCAGAUGGAAACACGGCUCUGAUGGUAGCAGUAGCAGAGGGAUGCCAAGAUGUUGUUGAGAUACUAGCGGUCCACGAGUGGCAUCUUUCAAAUAACGCUGGCCAAACUGCGUUGGAUUUGGCAAGAAGUUCUGGGAGAGAAGAGAUGCUACCCAUUCUAUCUACGUAUGCACAGUAG